AGCCAGGAAGCCCAAGAGAGGGGAUGGGAACGCGGGGAAAGAACACACUGUCCCCCUGGGGGACCUCAGCCCCAGAGCCCAGCCUGCCCUGCCAGCCUCCAGGGGCUCCUGGAAAGUGAACAAAUCCCUGCUCCCAAACCCAAGGCACUCCCCCUCCCCCAAGCUCCAAUCACCCACGGGAGGGCCUGGGCCGGGGGGGGGGGGGGGGGGGUGAGGCUGCCUCCAGGAGCAGCACUUUGGCUUGAGAGGGCCAGGCCACGAGGUGGCCACACAGGGGGGUGGGCUUUGAGGGCACUCGUGGGUUCAGACCACGACUCCACUCCCUCCUGGCUGCGAGGCCCGGGGCCAGCCUCCUGACCUCUCUGAGCCUCAGGCGGGCCAUCUGUCACUCGGGGGGGCUGUUGUGAGGACUGAAUGAGACAAGAGGCAGGAAAGCCCUGAGUCAUGUCCCGGUCUGGCCUCGUCUUCACUCCUGAAUAAGACUGUGUUCCUUUCGUGUUCCUCCGAGCUGCUGGACAGGAGCGUCACAGGCGGCCCUGCCCGGCCACAAGGAGACCCUCGGGACCCAGCCUCCACCCCGGACUUGCACUCGGCUCCAGACAUUCCAUCCCCCCCUUGAGGCACCUGCCCCUCACCGGCGGGCAGGGCAGACCCGGUCUGUGGGUCUGUGUCUCAUGCCGAACGUCCUUCCUUCCGGCUCAGCACCGCCACACUCCGGGAGCAGUGACAACGUCUGGUCCAGCCCAGAGCAGGAGGGCAGGGAGUCACGGGACCAGCUGAGGGAUCCCGUGGGAUCCUGUGGCCACUGGUCUCCGGGAAGAAAAAGCAGGCCUCGGAGACCCGCGCGGGCCUAGGAGCCCCCUGGGGCCAGGUCUAAGCCAUGCUGAAUCGCCCACCUCCAGCCUCAGCAAAAGGAAUUACAGUCCCACUUUCCAGACAGAGGCCACCGAUCAAGGCCACACAGCUGGACAGCUCCACACAGGAGGAGUCGGGGGAGAGCAACGCAUUCCAGAGGAGAGUCCCCUGUGGCUCACGCAGUGCUUAUGGGUGCGGACCCCCGCAGUCCUGGGAGCUGGAACAGGGCCUCCCCGUAGCAGGUGUCCCGGGCCCCAGCCGCGCCCUGGCCGCUGGCCACGCCGAGAGGCCUCGGACAAGUCGCACAACUUCCCUGGGCCUCGCCGUCCUGCGAGGAGGCGCGUGGCCGCUGCUCCGCCCCCCUCACGGAGGUGGGCAGGGGCCACAGCCACCCAGGCCAGCACACCUGCAGGGCCGUGGAACGUGGCUGUCCGGCUUACAGGCUCCACCCCGGCCAGGUAGCCACCGGCUCCCCCAGGCACCCCCUUCACGCCACCAACAACACGGCCACUCGGAGCCCCUCCAAAGGCAGUGGCCCGACCCAGGGUGGCACACCCCGCCCGAGCCCUCAUCUUGGAGGAAGGCGACAUCACCUCGGUCAGCGGCUCCCGGCACUGCUACGUGGGGGCCUGUUCGGGCACUGGCGGAGCAAACCGACCUCCGACCCAGUAGAGGCCAGAAAAGAGAAAAUAUGGCUAAGCCCCAGUUCGUCAAAAGCAGGAACCGUCUCACAAAGGAGAAGAGCUCUGCACAAAUCCCUGCGAGGAUGCAGCCAAGCAGGCGCCCGGCCAGGAAAGACUCCCCUCGCGGGCCACCGGGGGCGGGGGGGGGGCGGGCUCGGGCCACGAGCACGCUCGCCCCACGUGCACACGGGGACCGCGAGGCUGGCAGUCUGAGGCGCUGGCCUCACGGUCACCCGGCAGCGAGGGGCUGCCCCAGGCCGGCCCCCGCUCCCCGAGGGCUGCCCCAGGACGGCCGCCGGCCUGCUGGGCUCCCCCAUCUAAGAGCUCAAGCCGAACCAGACCACGAGUCGCACAGGUGCCGCCCGCCGGCCCGGGGCCGGGGCGCUCUCCAGGGCCGACACCAGCCAGUCCAGCCCCCGGGGGAGCGACCUUUCAGGCACCUGCCCACUUGCCUGACACAGCACCACGCCCGUCCCUUAAGGAAAAUGCCCGGCAAGCGGCCUCAAAAUAGCAGGUGCCAGGGUGCGUGUUAUUUCGCACAUCACUUGCGUGUUGUUCAUUUAGCACUGCCGGGGCCCCACUCAGAAUACAACUCUUGUUACCUCGCCACCAAGUAGCCCCGUGGGGGGAAACGUGCCCCACACAGG